UGUAUAAAUCAGCCCUCUCUGAUACCUGAUUAUUUAUAAGUCCAGACAAUGAAUGAGAAGAACCAGACGCUGGUCAGUGAGAUUGUUCUCUUGGGAUUUCAGAAUCUCCACAACUUCAAGAUUCCCCUGUUCUCUCUGUUCCUUCUGAUUUACAUUAUGACAGUUUGGGAGAACGUCCUCAUCAUAGUUUUGGUUUCAACCAGUCAGAACCUCCAGUCCCCCAUGUACUUCUUUCUCCAACAGCUCUCACUGUCUGAUUUAUUGGAAUCUACAAUUAUUUUACCCAUCCUGCUCCAAACUGUACUUCAUGAUAAAUUCACAUUGUCCGUUGUUGGUUGUCUGAACCAGUUGUAUUUUUUUUCAAUGACAGAAGCCUUUGAGAUGUUCCUUCUAGCAGUAAUGUCCUAUGACAGAUAUGUGGCCAUCUGUAUCCCACUGCGUUACUCUUCUAUAAUGUCUCACAGGGUUUGUAUUACAUUCAUUCUUAUAUCAUGGGCUCUUGACUUAGUAAUUGAAGUGGUUCCAAUGAAUCUUAUGGGAACACUACAGUUCUGUGACCAAAAUACUGUUGAUCAUUUCUUCUGUGAUUUCUUUCCUCUUAUUGAACUUGCCUGUUCAGACACUUUCUUAGUGCAAAUUGUAGCAUUCUUCCUUUCAAUCCCUAUGCUUUUCAUACCAUUCAUACUGGUCAUUGUAUCAUAUAUGUGUAUUGCCCAUGCAAUCCUAAAGAUAGUGUCCAAUACUGGGAGACAAAAAGCCUUCUCCACCUGCAGCUCCCACUUGGCUGUGGUCUCCUUAUUUUAUGGGGCUCUAAUUGCUAUUUAUGUGGUUCCCCCCAAACAAGGACCACAGAUCAUAAGCAAAAUUAUCUCUCUGUUGUACACUGUGCUGAUUCCGUUAGUCAACCCUGUCAUUUAUGGUUUGAGAAGCAAACAAAUCAAUUGUGCAUUUAAAACGUGUAAACUUCAUACACAACUAUUACAGGGGUGUUGGCUUUAA